UAUUUAAAGAGUUAAUUAUAUUGGAUACAUUAUUUUCAGGAACAGUAAAAUUUCCAAUGAACAGAAAAGCAUGAAGAUUCGAAGUAUAGCGUCGCAACUGAUGGUCACUAUGAUAAGUAAUUUAGUAAAAUUCUCGGCGGGUAGUUUUAUUGGAUUUGCUGCGUUACUGCUUGCAGAACUAUCGCAAGAGAAUUCAGAUGUUAAAAUAACAAAAGGACAACUAUCAUGGUUCGCAAGUUAUUUUUUUAUGGGCCCAGUUGGUGCUAUAUCCUUUGGUUUGCUCAGUCACACAAUUGGUGGUCGUGUAAUGCUAUUGAUCAUCUCUAUUACCUUGAGUAUCUCAAGCAUAAUAUUCUAUUUUGCAACGAACUCAACGAUGAUUUUGGUCGCUCAGGCUUUUGUGGGUUUGAUGCUACCACCAACUGCUUCAUGUGGCACAACAUACAUUACAGAAAUUGCUGAUCCACAUUUAAGAAGUUUGCUCAUUACUAGUGGAUAUUUGUCUAUGUCAUUUGGAAUGUUUUUUGUAAUGUUGAUGCGCCUAUUUUUCAAGUGGAAAAUCAUCGCUGCCGUUCUUCUAAUUUUUCCUGCAAUGGGAUUUUUUGGAAUGCUGUUUGUUCCUAACAGUCCACAUUGGCUUGCAAGAAACGGAAGAUUUGAGGAAGCUGAAGUUGCUUUGGCUUGGUUACGAGGUUGGACGACAUUAGAUAACGUAAGAACUGAAUUCCUGGCAUUAAAAGAAUCCAACAUAAAAGUAAAAAGUGACGAUACAAGGAGUCGAAAGCAAUCAAUAAGUGUUUUAAUAAAAUCUUGUACGCAAAGAUCCUUAUGGAUACCACUGAGUAUCACCUGCUAUGUUUUGAUAAUGUUAGACUUAGUUGGAUGCAACACUAUAAAAACUUUUAACGUCGUGAUAUUUCGAAAGAUUGAGACACCAUUUGAUAUCUACCUAGCUGGCGCAAUUUACGAUGGUGUAAGAAUUAUUGGAGGAAUAAUUUGUAUGUUUUGCAUUAAUACCCUUGGAAAAAGGAAGCUUCUCUUUAUAUCUCUCUUUGGAGCUGGAACCGCUCACAUAGUGGUGGCAAUAGUAGUGCACUUGAUAAAACUCGAGAUAGGAAACUUGACAUACUUACUUUGGAUACCUCCUGUAAUGAUAAUAUUUGCAUCUUUUAUACUUUCAAUGGGCGUCGAAAAAGUUACGUAUGUAUUAAAUAGCGAGAUAUUGCCAAACAGAUUUCGUGAGAUUGGCAUGGGAAUGGGUAGAUGUUUAUCUGGUCUUAUAUCAGCAAUGUUCGGUCAGGUAUUUCUUUACAUGGUGGACGCAAUGACAAUAGAGGGAGUUUUUCUGUUUUUUGGAAUUAAUGGUUUUAUCGCGCUUGUUACGUUGUAUUUUAUAGUGCCUGAAACUGAAGGUAAGACUUUGAUCGAAAUAGAAAAUCACUUUGCGGGUAAACGGACAACGUAAGGACUAACUCUUCUUGGAUCAAAAAAUCCACUUAGUUACAAUUGACAUGACUCAAGAUUCAGUUAUGUUCUUUAGUUUAAUUAUUACUUCAAGACUGUACAUCUUUAUAAAUUGUAUGGCUUCAUAAGUACUGACGCAGCAGUUACAUAAGGCUCGAAUGUUAGAAAAAUAGACUGUAUAUUAUAUGUA